AUGUGGGCGGUAAGAGGUCGAGAAGAGGAGAAAGACAUGGUGUAUAUAUAUGGGGCGGUAAGAGGUCGAGAAGAGGAGAAAGACAUGGUGUAUAUAUAUGGGGCGGUAAGAGGUCGAGAAGAGGAGAAAGACAUGGUGUAUAUAUAUGGGGCGGUAAGAGGUCGAGAAGAGGAGAAAGACAUGGUGUAUAUAUAUGGGGCGGUAAGAGGUCGAGAAGAGGAAAAGGAAAGAAAAGGAGAGGAAAGGGAAGGAAAAAAAAGGAAAUACGAAGAGUCCCAGUUUUUCUAUUUCUUCAAUAAAUUGGGAUUGAGUGGUGGAGGAGAAAGUAUUAUUGGAUUGCAUAAAAGGAUGGGUGGAUGA